AUGGCUUCGCAAUCCGACUCCUUAUUGAACAGACUGAGGUCUGUGAGCCAGGUUGACUGCGACACUCUUGAUGUUGAAGUUGCCAAGGCAUUGGGCCCCUUUGUGGACUGCACUUCCAACCAAGCCAUCGCGUAUAAUGAGCUUACCAAAACCACACCUGACGGGAAGCUUUAUCAUGAGCAGCUUAUUCGUGAUGCCGUGAAGGAUGCACAGAGCUGGGCCCGGACAGCAUGGCCAGACAUUGACCCAAUUCUUUUAGCCGUGGAAAUUAUGAUGGUCAGGCUGUCAAUACAAUUUGCCCCGUUCUUGACAGGUAACUUUCUUGUUCAGACCAAUACCAAGUGGUCUUACUCGAUCGAGAAAACCCGUUACAAUGGCGAGCGGAUCGUCGAAAUCUUCAAGAAGCUUGAUCCCAAUUUCGACGUCAAACGAGUGUGCAUCAAGAUCCCUUCCACUUGGGAGGGAAUUGCUGCCUGCAGAAUUCUUGAGCAAAAAGGAAUCAGUACUUUGGCAACGACAAUGUUCUGCAUGGAACAGGCGGCCCUUGCCGCUGACGCCGGGUGUGCCUACAUAGCCCCCUAUGUGAAUGAGCUCAAGGCUCAUUUUGUCCCCGGUUAUGUAGAUCAGCACAAAGCCUUCGACUUCUGCAGACAAGCCCAGGCAUACUACAUUGAGAAAAAGGCAAAGACGCAGGUGAUGGCUGCCAGUUUGACUUCCGUCGCCGAAGUCGUUCGACUUGCUGGAAUCCAACACGUGACUGUAUCACCGCAUUUGCUCCAAGGCCUCGCCACGCAACCCGCCUCAACAUGGCCGGAGGAGAUCGGCGGUUAUUUUGCGGCUGGUCCUGACAAGGCAUGGGAUGCUGAUUUUGGAGCUGCACUUCAGGACGAGAGCGAGUGGCGCAUUGCAUUCACACGCAGCGGCAACGGCAAGUUUGAAGAAAAGCUCAUCCAAGCUAUCAACAUCUUCUCGGACAAGCAGGAUAGUCUUGAGGAGCUUGCCCGUCGUUUCCUGUAA